AUGGAAAUCACUACCGGGAGGAACCACUCGAACCUUUUCCGUUCAUCAACUCCUGUGUCAAGCCCGAUCAUCACCAUUGGUGAAGCUCCACCACGGAUUCUCCCUUCGGAAGUGCGAGUCUCUAUCAAAAGCAUGCAACUUGGCACAGCCCCGGACCUGAUUUUAUAUCAGCGGACUUUCUUCGGGCCGAAAGAAAAGAACCCAGACCAGUGGAAGACCUCGCGAACCGUUCAUGUCCAUAAUAAAGGUGAGCGCCUCCGGAACUACCGUCCGAUAUGCUUGCUGAGCGUGUUAUACAAAGUAUUCACCAAGAUCAUCCUCAGCUGCUUGGGCCACAUCCAAACCGUGUCAAGGGUCAUGGAGGUUUGCCGGGAAUACCUCCUGUCCCUUGUUCUAACUUUCGUCGACUAUGAGAAAGCCUUCGACAGCGUAGAAACGAACGCAAUACUGUCAGCGCUGGUCGAUCAAAGUGUAGGAGCUUCGUAUGUGAGGACAUUAGCCAAUUGCUACGAUCGACCACGAAGAUACAGCUUUUCCACCGCUCCCUCAAAAUACCCAUUGGAAGGGGGUACGAUAAGGCGAUACUGUAUCGCCGAAACUGUUCACUGCUGCAUUGCAAUGGAUAAUGAGAUCACUUUCCUGGGAAGGAAGGGGCAUACGUGUUGA